ACACCCUGGCUUCUUCUGUGCUUUGGUGCAGAGCCUGAUAGACUUCCCUGAGCAUUGUUUUGCAGACUUCCUGUGCUGUCAGGUCCAGGGAUUCCUGUACCAACACCUCCAGACGAAUCUCACUCCAGGCUCCUGGCUCAGAACUCAGACUUGACAUCUGCCCCUGUUCUGCCCAGAACUCUGCAUAUGAGGCUACAGAGAGGGGAGGGAUCAGUGGGGGAUCUUGGAUCACCUGCCUGGCGGAGAUGGGCUCCACGUGCUACAUCAGUUGCUGCCUAUCUUGGAAAAGAAUCAUGGGCAUCUUUUUUCUGCCAGUUAUCUUAUCAGGUUUUGCUUCUUGCCCUAAACGUAAAGAUGGAAAAGUGAAUCCGUCUUCGUGCAGGUCUAACUGGUCUCAUCUGAGCCCUCUCACGCUGAAGAAACGAUCUCAGGGACUAGUUGGAAAGAAUGAACACUUCACCCUGGAGGGUCAGAAGUUCCUCAUCUUUGGGGGCUCCAUCCACUAUUUCCGGGUGCCCAUGGAGUACUGGAGGGACCGCUUGCUGAAACUGAAGGCCUGUGGCUUCAACACUGUUACCACCUACAUCCCAUGGAACCUCCAUGAGCCAGAAAGAGGCCAAUUCUACUUCUCUGGAAACCUGAACAUGGAGGCCUUUGUCCUGAUGGCUGCAGAGGUUGGGCUGUGGGUGAUUCUGCGUCCAGGACCCUACAUCUGUGCAGAGGUUGACCUUGGGGGCUUACCCAGCUGGCUUCUGCAAGACCCCAAGCUGAAACUGAGAACAACAGACAAAGGCUUUGUUGAAGCAGUUGAUAAGUAUUUUGAUCACCUGAUUCCCAGAAUGAUUCCUCUCCAGUACCACCAUGGAGGCCCUGUCAUUGCAGUGCAAGUGGAGAAUGAAUAUGGUUCAUUUGAUAAGGAUGCGAAGUACAUGUCUUAUGUAAAGGAGGCCCUGAUGAAAAGAGGGAUUGUUGAGCUGCUCUUGACCUCUGAUAAUGAGAAGGAAAUUCAGAAAGGUUCCGUCAAAGGAGCUCUGACCACUGUCAAUAUGAAUUCAUUUAAGGAGAGUUUCUUUAUUUCGUUUCGACAAAUGCAGAAGAAUAAGCCCAUUCUGAUUAUGGAAUACUGGAUUGGCUGGUUUGACAGUUGGGGAAAGAAACAUCAUUUUAAAACUGUGAAUGAGGUUGAACAAACUGUGUCUGAACUUAUCAACCAUGAGAUCUCCUUCAACAUAUACAUGUUCCAUGGUGGAACCAACUUUGGUUUCAUUAAUGGAGCUGUGUAUUUUGGGAAGCACAUAGGCGUUGUGACUAGCUAUGACUAUGAUGCUGUGCUGACAGAGGCUGGAGAUUACACAGAAAAAUACUUCAAGCUUCGCAAACUCUUUGCAUCUCUUUCAGCAAAGCCCUUGCCCCUUUUACCUCAACAUACCUCGAAGACCGUGUAUCCUUCUGUGAGACCAUCAUUCUUCUUACCACUAUGGGAGGUCCUGCGGUACUUAAAUGAGCCAGUGAAGUCACAUAUUCCAGUCAACAUGGAGAAUCUUCCAAUAAACAAUGGCAGUGGUCAGUCCUUUGGAUUUGUCCUUUAUGAGACUUCUAUCUGCUCUGGAGGCCAUCUGCAAGCUCGAGUUCAUGAUUUUGGACAGGUGUUUUUGAAUGACACAGUUUUAGGAGUUCUGAAUGAGAAUGUUAAGGAACUGUACAUUCCUGAGUUCACGAAAUGUCAACUUCUCAGGAUCCUGGUGGAAAAUCAAGGACGAGUCAAUUUUUCAUGGAAAAUUCAAGAUGAGAGGAAAGGAUUAAUUGGCCCUGUUAGAAUCAAUAACAUUUCCCUGGAGGGUUUUACCAUCUAUUCUCUGGAGAUGAAGACGAGCUUCUUUCAGAGGCUCCGUUUUGCCAACUGGAGGCCUGUGACAGUGAGAUAUUUGGGCCCUGCCUUCUACCAGGGGACCUUGAAGGCUGACUCUUCUCCCAGGGACACCUUCCUGAGACUACCGGGAUGGGUUUCUGGAUUUGUGUUCAUCAAUGGACGUAACCUUGGGCGAUACUGGAACAUUGGGCCUCAGGAAACACUUUACCUUCCUGGAGUCUGGCUUCAUCCAGGGAACAAUGAGAUCAUCCUGUUUGAGAAGAUAACAAGUGGCUCACACAUCUAUUCUACAGACUUUCCCAAGCUGUGACACUGUGUUUACCCAUUUCUUGGAUUGUUGGAGUUUGAUUCUAAGUUUUUUCUCGGGAAGAAGAUUGAUGUUAAGAAGAUGCCACCCAGUGUUGCCUCCAAUAGCAAAAAUAUGAAGAUAACCUAUACAAUCAACAGGGCUUUGUUACAUGUUUUAGAGUAUAACUAUAUGGGACUUACUUUUAAGUUUAAAUGAAUAUUCAAAAUUUUCAAUGUCUCAUUUAUCUAGAUAAAUGCUUAAUGCUUAGCAGGUUCUUAUUCUCUAAUCAAAUGUGCCUGUGCCCAUAGGCAGAUAUGAAUAAAAUAAAAACAAUUUGU